CUUCAGACCAAGGAUCCUCAUCAGCCUUAUCAGCUAAAGUCAGCAGACCUGAUGGCAUCAGCGAGCGGCUUUCCUGCAAGUUUUUACAGUGAGCCUGGAGUGCUUGGGUUCUUGGCCAAUGGCAUCAGUGCAUUCUUAGUGCUUCUGCAGAACUUCCAGGGAGCCAGAACUGGGAUUCCGGCAGUUGGGGUAGAGAACAUCCUGGCAGGUGUUCAUCUCAUUCUGAUUGGUGGAGUCUGCCAGAUGAUUGCUGGCUUGUUGUCCUUCCGUAAAUAUGACCAUCUCAGUGGCACAGCUUUCAUUGGCUAUGCAGCUCUUUGGGGCAGUUAUGGUGCAACGAGAAUAUUCCUGGGAGCAAACCAGCACAAUCCAAGCACUCCCAUUAAUACCUCAACCAUGAUAAAUAUUACACUCGAGAACCUUCUCUCCAACUCAACUCCCGUCAAUGAAACCUCCAUCCCUCAGUACCUCAGUGAAUCUGCCAUAGCUGGGCUGGUGCCCUACACCUUGCUCUCUUUGCUGUUGGCGUUCUGCUCGGCCACGGUGAACUACAUUAUGCCUUUUGUGUUUGGGGCCAUCACCCUCACGUUAGUCUUUGAAGCUGUGGGACUGGUAACUGGGUGGGCUCUGGUGGUCUCAGGAGUGCUAGAGCUCCUAAUCCUGCUCUUUGCCAUCUAUGGCUCUGCCGCACUGCUCAUCAAGGGAGUGGCCCAACGCUAUGUCCUCAAGGGCUUCGGUAACCCUCUCUUCAACGUGCUCCUCCUUGGGACAACCAAUGCCAGCAGCUCCCAGAGUCUAGGCCAGGAAAAGAAAAAGAACACCAAAUACGCUGAACCCAUGGCCUUGGGCUUCUUCUGUGACACAGUCUCACCAUUCAUCUUUGCCUUCUAUGCCUUUGGUUACUUCCCAUCGAUCCCAGUAAGUGCCAUGUGGAUAUCCAUCAAUUCUGCUGCCCAGCUCCUGUCCAGUUACUAUGCAUACCUGAGGCAAGAUUGCUACCAUGCCACCAAGUUUGGCCUGCACUGCACCUUCUGGCUUGUGAAGACCUGGGAAGAGUAUGUAGUGUCUGUGGUAAUCGGAAGGAGUGAAGCAGCUACAGGACGACAGGCCAUGGUGGGUGACUGGUUCUUCUUGGCAGCAGCUCUAGUGCUCUGUGUCGCAAGCCUGAACAUGGACACCCUGGAGCUCGUCCACAAUGCCUUCUUCUUCCUGCUAACCAUCUCCACAGUCUCACAGAUCCCUCUUGAUAGGUAUUACAUCUUUUUUGGAGUGGUUUGCUCCUUCUUCACAGCUCUUUCACUGUAUGGCACAUUUGCACGUCUCAUCAACACCAUUGCUGAGAAGUCUCUGAUUCCUGUUGGACCCCAACCUGUCUCAACCGAACGACUCCAGAGUGGCCUUGGGUGUCUGAAGAAGUCGUCUCCACAGGAACAACUCCAGGGAAGGGGUUCCCAACUUCCUGAUGCUCUGUUUUACCUCACCAAUGGAGUUGCAGCUCUCUCAGCCAUCCACAGCAACCAGCCCCACCAGAGCUUUCUAGACCUGACCGUACCUUGGGUGCUCAUCCCAGGGGCCAUCAUCCAGGGAUACGUUAGCCGACUGCAGGUUCAAGGUGGUCAGAGGUUUGGCUCUGUUAUCCCAUCCUUCUAUGUGGCCAUUUGGGCCACCUGGACCUGGUUCAGGUUUGCAGGACAUCGUUUGCAGAUUUCCACAGAAUCAGCAGGUGGCUUUACAGCAGGAGCAGUCGCUUUUCUGGUGAUUAAUGCUUUCUUGAUGCUAAUUGCUGCCUAUGGCAAUCUGGUUCUGCUGACUUUAACCACUAUCAUGGAGGUCAUAGUGGUUUGCUUUCUUCUCUCCACUCUUGACAGACUGCCCUACCAACUGGAAGUUGCUAUGCUUUCGUUAUUUGCCAUCACUUGCUUAUAUGGGACUCUGGCAUCACUUCUUAACUGCAUCUUCUCCAAGAAACUGCUACCACUUGGCCCUGCACUGAUAAAGAACAAUAAAAAGAAGGAAGCUGCUCCUACAACUCCAUGUCCAGUGGUUAUCUCUCGGGGGACCAGUGGGCUCCUACAGAUUGCCAAAUUGCUCGAAAAUAAUGGUGUGUGUGGUAUUCCCACGGAUACUGUCUACGCCCUGGCUGCUUCGUGCAAGAACCCAAGUGCAAUAGAGAAGAUCUACAACAUCAAGGACCGCCCUGCAGAGAAGCCCAUCUGUAUCUGUAUCUCCAGCGUGGAGCAGCUUGUGGCAGCCAAACCUCCAUUCAGCCCCCUGCUGUGGGAGUUCAUGAGAAAUGUCUACCCAGGAGGCAUCAGCUGUAUUGUGCCGAAGGGAGACUGGCUCUUCAAACUUGGCGUGGGACCUGCAUAUGACCGUGUGGGGACAAAGGAGAGCAUAAUGAUCCGUGUCCCUGACCACACGGUGACUGCACACCUGUGUGACAUCACUGGGCCCUUGGCUAUCACAUCUGCAAACCCUAGUGGUGAACCUGACAGCACACACCAUGACAUGGUCAUUGAUCGCCUCGGACACAAGAUUCAAGGAGUACUGUGUGAUGGAGAGUCCAAUGAAGUGGUGGCAUCAACAGUGGUCAACUGCCUGAAGAUCAAUGAAGGUACCAUCACCAUUCUGCGAGAGGGAUGUGUUCCUGCAGUAAAGGUGCGACAGAUUUUUGAGCGGGUGAAGAACAGCAUGUUGUAAGAUCAGAAUCCAGAAGAAAAAUAAAUGUUCUUGAAGAUGAUGAAACAUUGCUUAAUUCAGCUGGAGGAAGGAUAAAUGAGGCAUCAGACCUUAUCACCACAAGUGUUCUCAUGGUGCUUAACAGCAGUGUUUCAAUAAUGUUUAACUGGACAAAACUCACUGUUUAUACUGUAUGUGUGCCAAUUUACUGUGGAGUAUUUUUUUUUUUAAAUAUUUGUGUUAUUUCAAUUUUGUUUUCGGGUUUGGUCUUACUUUAGACACAUUUAAGCUUUUUGCAAAAUGUAAAUCUGCGGUGAUAUUGCUUGUAUUGCACUUUUUCUGUUACACAAAAGUAUAAAAUAUAGCUUUUAAUGAAGGACAGAUUAUUUAUGAAAUAUGCAUUAUAAUUCUAUGCUGGCAUAUGUAUUAUUUUGCACUGUAAAUCUAUUGAGUAUCGAUUUCUUUUUCUUUGUUUCUGUUUCACGUUUUUUUCCUGUCAUGACAACAUUUUA